AUGCAACUAGGAGACCACGAAAGUUUCUUUAAAUAUUUUCGUAUGUCACCGAUUGUAUUUGAGAAAUUGUUGCAGUUAGUUGCCCCAUUGAUAAUUAAGUCUAACCAGAAACGGGAAGCCAUUUCGCCGGCUGAACGGCUAUCAGUAACCUUAAGAUAUCUUGCAACUGGGGAUUCUCAUCAAACCAUAUCUUUUAGUUAUCGGUUGGGGCAUUCUACAGUCAACAAGAUUGUCCCAGAGACAUGUUUAGCAAUAUGGAAGGCACUAUCUCCUAUCUAUGUCCAAUGUCCUUCAACAACAAACGAAUGGGAAGAUGUGUCGAAAGAAUUUUGGGAGAAGUGGAAUUUUCCAUUGUGUAUUGGGGCACUAGAUGGCAAACAUGUAAGAUGCCACUGUCCUGCCAACACUGGUUCAUUGUACUUUAAUUUUCAUGGUUGGUUCAGUGUUGUUUUGAUGGCUGUUUGCAGUGCACAUUAUUCCUAUUUGCUAGUGAAUAUAGGUGCUAUUGGUAGUUCAAGCGAUGGUGGUAUAUUUGAACGGUGUGGAAUGAAAGAUGCCCUCUAUAAUGGAAGGUUGUCUUUACCAGAAGACUGCAAUUUGCCUAACACAAACACCACAUGUUCUUAUGUAAUAACUGCAGAUGAUGCCUUUCCAUUAGGACGUCAUGUUAUGAAGCCAUAUGGUGGACGGUAUUUGGAACAUGGCAAAAGAAUUUUUAAUUACAGAUUAUCGAGGGCAAGACGAGUUAGUGAAAAUACAUUUGGCAUUUCAACUGCAAGAUGGCGCAUUUUCAAGCGACCAAUCGAUGCUAUACCUGAGCGUUGCAUUGGUAUCGUCAAAGCUGUGGUAGCCUUACAUAAUUUCUUAAUGUUCCAUGAAUCAACAUUGCCCAGACAUGAGCGAAGAUAUUGCCCACCGGGAUUUGUAGAUUCUGAAGACAAAAAUGCAGAUAUUGUGCCAGGAGCUUGGAGAGAAGAUGUUAAUAAGGAUACAGGCUAUCAAUCCUUAACCCAAACCAAAAAUGGUAAUGCCUGCAAGAAAAGUGCAAAAGAAAUCCGAGACAUUUUCAAGAACUUUUUCAAUUCACCUGCUGGUGCAGUACCUUGGCAAAAUGUGUACAUAAAUAAAUGA